UGCCACACCCUCCUCAGAAUCACCAUGAGGAGAAAGAGCAAAGGAGGGAGAAGAGGAGCGCAGGACAGGAACAACUGAGAGCAAAGACGAGAGAGCGGGACACGCACACGCACACACACACACUGGCCACAGGUACGUUCCUGUGCUCGGUCUUCAACACUGUGAGGACGAGACCCAGACAGACACGUGUACACGGGACAAAGUGAUGGAAUAAUUCUGACCACCACAUAUGUCAACUUUACUGGAGGACCAUCGCUGUUGGAUAACACAUCUGAGGGCCAACUCUUCAGGAGGACAGUUGUUUAGGCUAACUUUACUGAAUGUUGACAGCACCACAGGCUAACUGCUUGCUAACUGCAGUGGAGCAGAACUACCACAGGCUAACUGUACUGGCUAACUCUAGUGGAACAUCACAACCACAGGCUAACUGCUGGCUAACUCUAGUGGAACAUCACAACCACAGGCUAACUGCUGGCUAACUACAGUGGAGCAGAACUACCACAAGCUAACUGUACUGGCUAACUCUAGUGGAACAUCACAACCACAGGCUAACUGCUGGCUAACUCUAGUGGAACAUCACAACCACAGGCUAACUGCUGGCUAACUACAGUGGAGCAGGCUAACUGUGCUGGCUAAGUGCAGUGGAACAUUACAACCACAGGCUAACUGUGCUGGCUAACUGCAGUGGAGUAAAACUACCACAGGCUAACUGUGCUGGCUAAUGCUAAUUUUAUCAGAUUCUAUUUGAGAGCCCAAGAUCAUUGCUGCCUAAUUAUCUUGGAGAUUAACACUACUGCUGGCUAAUUAUAGCAAAUGCUAAUAUUAUUGGAUAGAUUGGACUGACUAUAUUGUUUUCUAUCUCUAUUGUACUGGACUCUGCUAUUGGCUCAUUACACUGACUGCUCUACUGCUGUUUACCUGUGCUGUAGUUGUGUGCUGUAACUUUACUAUAGCCUCUGGUCAGGAGGCUAGCUCUACUGGACUGCUACUUCUAGCGGAGGCUAGGUCUACUACACACUCUGAUCAAGAGGCUAACUCUACUGCACUGCUACUUCUAGCGGAGGCUAGCUCUACUAUCUCUACUGCGCUGCUAUUUCUAGCGGAGGCUAGCUCUACUAUCUCUACUGCGCUGCUACUUCUAGCGGAGGCUAGCUCUACUAUCUCUACUGCGCUGCUACUCUUAGCGGAGGCUAACUCCAUUAGACUGCUACUUCUAGUGGAGGCUAGCUCCCCUACACAUUCUAGUCAAGAGACUAAUUCUAGUGCACUGCCAACUUUAGCGGAGGCUAACUCCUCUACACACUCUAGUCAGGAGGCUAGCUCUACUGUGCUGCUAACUUUAGCGGAGGCUAACUCCUCUACACACUCUAGUCAGGAGGCUAGCUCUACUACGCUGAUAACGCUAGCGGAGGCUACCACAGCGCCCCCUGGUGGUACAGUAUGGUGCAGCAUGUGGACCUGCGUGCGGUGUCCCAACCUCUGGGCAUCCUGCGCGUGCUGGAGGUGGCGCUGACGCUGGUGAGCUUCGCCCUGGUGGCGUCGGUGGGCCACCUGUCCUCGUCCUACUGGGCCUGGUGCAUGUUCAGCUGGGUGUUCUGCUGCGCGCUCACCCUGCUGAUCCUGGUGCUGGAGUUCAGCACGCUCAGCGCGCGCCUGCCCAUCUCCUGGGACGACUUCACCACCGCCUUCGCCAUGCUGGCCGCUCUCAUGCUGCUGGCCGCCUCCAUCAUCUACCCCUCCGUCGUGUUCUCCUGCCCCGACUGCGGACGCCAGGUGGCCGCCACCGUGGUGUCGUGGGUGAGCGUGGCGGCGUACAUCGGCGAGGUGGUGCUGGUCCGCUUCUUCCGGCGGUCGGGCCAGGUGAGCGGCUUCCUGUCCACGGUACCGGGCCUCCUGAAGAUCCUGGAGACGUUCGUGGCGUGCAUCAUCUUCACGUCGCUGGUCCCGGAGCGCUACGCGUCGCAUGCAGCGCUGCAGUGGUGCGUGGCCGUGUACGCGCUGUGCUUCAUCUUCGCCCUGCUCAUCAUCGUCCUCACCGUGGGCCAGCUGCUGACCUACAUCCCGUUCCUGGACAAGCUCGUCUGCAUCUACAAUGUCCUCGCCGUGCUCAUGUACAUGAGCGCGGUCGUCGUCUGGCCGCUCUACAGCUUCCAGAAGCAUCCGCGGCCCACCAACUGCACGGCCAGCAGCCCCUGUCUGGCCUGGGACGCGCUGGUCGUCGUGACGUUCAUGACGGUCAUCAACCUGGGGGUCUACAUCCUGGACGCCGCCUACUCCAUCCACCUGGUGUUCUUCGUUCAGCGACGGAGCUAGAAAGGGUCUCAAACACUGGCCCUACUUCUCACACACACACACACACACUGGCCCUACUCUCUCACACACACACACACACACACACACACACACACACACACACACUGGUCCUACUCUCUCACACACACACACACACACUCACACACUCUUCGUGUUCCUGUGACUCUAUGACUGGCCUGGCAUAUGCACUGCAGCGUUUCACCUCUUUGUGUGGACGCAAGGUUUUGUUUUACCGGUGUCGUAAAAGGUGUGAAAACGGUAAGAAAAAAUAUAGCUGUUGUUUUGGUGUGGACAUGACCUAAUGACCUAAUGACCGUGUUCCUGUGUGGACAUGACCUUAUGACCUAAUGACCGUGUUCCUGUUUCCUGUUUGGUGUGGACAUGACCUAAUGACCGUGUUCCUGUUUCCUGUUUGGUGUGGACAUGACCUAAUGACCGUGUUCCUGUUUCCUGUUUGGUGUGGACAUGACCUAAUGACCGUGUUCCUGUGUGGACAUGACCUAAUGACUGUGUUCCUGUUUCCUGUUUGGUGUGGACAUGACCUAAUGACCGUGUUCCUGUUUCCUGUUCGGUGUGGACAUGACCUAAUGACCGUGUUCCUGUUUCCUGUUUGGUGUGGACAUGACCUAAUGACCGUGUUCCUGUGUGGACAUGACCUAAUGACCUAAUGACCGUGUUCCUGUUUGGUGUGGACACACACACACACACACACACACACACACACACACACAUAGAGCAGAGGAGGAUGCAUGAGACUUCAGUCCGGUUUGCCCGUUUGUCCUUUAGAGGGCUCUGCCAUCAUUAGUUCCUGUGGGUGAACUGGACGUCACAUCAUUAGUUGUCCAUCAGGGGGCGUUCCAGUGACUCUGUCACUGAUGAUGGAUGAGGAACGCUUCUGAAAAAGAGACAUGGAUGAGAAAUCAAUGACUGCAGACAAAUGGUUUCUAUCUUUCUGACUUCCCGUCUUUCUUCUUGUGUGUGUGUGUGUGUGUGUGUUUAAGAUAUGAGAUGAGAUAAAAUAGCUUAAUACUCCCUUAUAACUCUAAAUAGCUGUGUUUCAUGCACAAGAAUUUUGCUUAAUGACAGGCUCUGGCAAUCAAAUUAGGGGCCCAUAUCUGAUUGGCACCCUGCACCCUGAUGUGCAUAUUGCCCUUGUGACCCACCCCCAUUCUGGCUGCUAUCUGAGAAUGGUGUUGUGUCUGCAUGCUGCAGUAUUUGCUGCCACAGCAUCCUCUCUCUCAGUCUCUCAUAUUAGUGGAAUUCAGAACGCUGUUAGGUCCCAUGUGUGGUUGUUAAAACCCAAACAUUCCCAUGGGUUCUAGAACAAGAACAAAAAGGAACAGUCCACAUAGACAGCUACACAGAAACCCUGUAGUCUGCCCUCAGAGAGAGAGAGAGAGAGAGAGAGAGAGCGGGGAAACUAACCUCCAUCUAGUGCAGUGACUACUUCUGUCCAGUAGGGGGAGUCAGUAGUUGCUGGUGUAGAUUGGCAUCAACAGAGGAAAUGAUGUUUAAUGGACACUCCUUGGUAUAUAUUAUAGGUGGAUAAAGACUAUAGAUUUAGGAUAUAGCCUAUAGAUGUCCAUUCAGACAUGUAAAAGUAUAGUCUGAAGAGUUACCGGUAAUUAAGUAUUGAUAUGACAUUUCCAGCAGGAAUGGGUCUAAUGAGAGAGAUGCUAAUGUAGAUUUGCCAUGUUAGCGCUAAAGCGGAGGAUAUUUAAUGCUAAUGUAGAUUGAAAAUGACAUUUAAUGGACCAGUGCCACACCAUCCUUACGUGGGAAUGGAACAGGAAAUGGGUUUCAGCCUUCCCUGGAGAGGAGGAUCAGAGCAAGGAAGGGGGAGGAGAGCAACAAGAGAGAGAGAUAUAUAUGUUAGAAAGAAAAAGAGAGAGAGAGAGAGAAAGAGAGAGAGAGAAGAUAAAUUGCCUUUGCCCUUGUGAGAAAUUUGAAAAUGAGUGGUGAAGGCCAGCUGAUUCUGAAUGGUUAAGGUUGAGGUUUGAGUCAUUAACUGCGUCAGACCCCUCUCCUAUAAAACAGAGGAGAAUGAAAGAGUCAUUAACUGCGUCAGACCCCUCUCCUAUAAAACAGGAGAAUGGAAGUCACUUGCUCUCUCUCUCCAUCCAUCUUUCCUCUCUUGCAUGAAAACUUUCUCCCCUUUUAUAAUGUCACAUGCCUACAACUCCCAGCAGCCCCCUUUACAUUGGACAUGCCUACAACUCCCAGCAGUCCUCUUUACAUUGGACAUGUCUACAACUUCCAGCAGCCACAAACGAGUUUCACCAAGAGUGCUGCAUGGGUGUAGAGACAUUUGUACUCCUCUGGUGCCCUUCAGUUUAGAGAUCCAACACGAUUUUAAAUUUAGUAGUGAGUCUGAGGCACUCAAGAGGAUAUUUGUAAGUGAAAAAAAGCCUUUACUGAGCUUGGCUAUCAAUUAAAAUCAUGGCAACAUGUUUCAGCCAAAUGGCCUUUCUCAGGGCAGCUCAGUAAAGGCUUUAUACAUACUAAUAUCCUCUUGAGUGCCUCAGACUCACUACUAAAUUUGAACUCCCAGCCGCCCCCGUCAGAGUGGACAAGGCUCUCAUAUCAACCCACACACACUGCUAUGCUAAGGGACCUACUUACAGUAAAGAGGGGCAUUUGGGGGAUUUUCUGUGAUGUUAGUUUCUGUUUGACUCUGUCGAUCUGACGUCCAGUGAUUUAGUGUUGGAGUCAGAGCCCACUGUCUGACUACACAGGGAGUGCUGUUCCAGGGGUGGCCUGUGGGGGCAGUAGAGAGGGUAAACCCAUCUCAUCAAUGUUUCAUGGCCACUUCCAACCAUUAGUGCCCUCUUCUCUUACCACACACACACACACAAACACACACACACAAACACACACACACCUCCAUUUGCGCAUCUAUUUGGAGAUCUGUUUCCAAAUGGUAUCACUCAAGGGAUUGUCCUUUUCUCCUCUGCUCUGAGCUGGGAUUCUGUCACACACCCCCACACAUACACAUAUCCUCUGCUCUGAGCUUGGAGUCUGACCCUGACUUACUCUUAACUCAUUGAAUGCCAAGCUGUUUUCGGAAGCUUUGUCCUAGAGUGCCAGCAAUCUAGACCAUUGUUGAUG